AUGCAAGGCUUCAAAGACUUCGACCCUGCAAAGGACAUUCGAGACCUUUCCGGAAAAGUGAUCUUGGUGACUGGAGGCACCGCAGGAUUAGGAGAGGAAAGUGUGCGAGCACUGGCGGCGCACAGUCCAUUACACAUCUACUUCACAGGCCGCAAUGUCACUGCAGCUAAUGCACUGAUCGCCGACAUCAAAGCCAAGCACCCGACGACAUCUUUGAGCUUCAUCAAGAUAGAUCUUUCGUCCCUUCGCGCAGUCAAAGAGGCCAUCGCUCGAGACUUCAAACAUGACCGCCUCGACAUACUGAUGAACAACGCCGGUAUCAUUGCCAACCCAGCAGUUUUGAGUACUGAUGGUUACGAGAUCCAAUUCGCGACGAACCAUCUCGGCCAUGCGAUGCUCACCAGAGAGCUGAUGCCCAUCUUGCUCAAGACAGCCAAAGAGCCCGGGGCAGACGUCCGUGUCGUCAGCAACACCUCCGCUGGUUACGAGUUCCAUCGUGCCAUCAAAGGUGGUAUCUCCUUCGAUGAGCUUGAUGCUGGAAGCACGAUGUCUCGAAUGAUGCUAGGCGCAUGGAUUCGUUACGGCCAGUCCAAACUCGCAAAUAUCCUCUUCGCAGCGGAGCUCGUACGUCGCCACCCCGAGCUGACGUCUGUAGCCAUUCACCCUGGACUCGUCAAGACGCCCAUGAAUACCGAGAUGGCGGGCUGGAACAUCAACCAUGUAUUCGAAGAGACUGAGAAAGCAAGUUUUUUCGAAAAGAAUGUUGUGAAGCCGCUUCAAAUAGAGAUCCGGACUAUCUCUGGUUUCGCGCACGUUUAUGGAAAUGGAAUCGAUCGGCUCUUUGCUUCGAGCUGGACAGCAGGUCCAUGUGAGCCAGAGCUCUUUGUCGUUGACCAUCAUGAGGUCAAGAGAGUACGCCGUCGGCAGGCGGCGGAGACAGGUUUUGGUCUCGUGGUGCAGUUGUUUGUUCGUGAGGAGCAGUCCGUAAGUAGCAUAUUGCUCGGCAGGUGGCAAGACGGGUAUGCGCAGGCAAUUCGAGCCUACUGA